CUUCACGUUACUCGCAGCCGCGCCUAUAUUCUAAUCUUAAUGGUGAGUACGCAUGCCACGUCGGCAGGCCGAGAUGUUCUAUACACUGACGGGUGGGGCUAAUGGAUGACAGCGAGACGACACCCAGUAUGACAGCGAGACGACGACGACGAGUAGUACAUCAGUGCGUUGUCGGAAGCGCCGCUAUGUAUGUAAGCUUCCAAAUCACAACAGUGUGCUCGCGCCUGACAGUUGUCUUCGGGACGCCUUGUUCGCCGAUGAUUCUGUGUGCUACUCUACUAUUACCUAGGAGAGUAUGACGAAGCUCUUUCGUUCGCACUUGCGGCGGGGAGCGCAUUUGAGGCACACGCGGCCACUGCUGGCGUAGGCGAAUGCGUCGAGA